GGAAAGGACCACACGAGAGCAGUAAUUGGGCCAAAUCCGACACUGAUUCGUAUUCUUCUUCGUUUAGAGGCCUUUUUUUUCCUGAAUCCGACUUCGCUGGCUUCGGAUGCUGGCCGCGGAUGCUGGCCGCUAGCGGUGUGACUGUCGGAACUACCGGAUGUGCCGUCCUGGCGUCAUGGAUUAUUCGCUGGAACGAGCGUCGGAGAGCGGAAGCCAAAAUAGGGCGUCAACACGAUCCUCAACGGAGGAAGUGGACGAGCCACGAAGGAGAGGCGUAAUGUAUCACGCCGCAAAUUGGAGGUGGAAUGGCCCAGGUUAAAACCGGUCCGUUCGUUGGCCACAGCAGGUAGCAGGCGUUCCCCUAAGGCGAGUUCUGGCAGGAGCGACGGGCGACAGGGCGGCAGGGCGGCAGGGCGACAGGGGGGAUCAGCAAAGCAAUCACGGAUGUAGAUGCGAUUCUCAAUAAAAAGAAAAAGAAACAGGAAAACAGCAGCUAGAAAGAGCCAGCAGGGCACCGAAACAAUAUCUACCAGGAGACAAUUCGCAUCGCGCGCAUGGUGCGAUUUGCAGCCGAAGGGGGAAAGCGAAGGGGAAAUCAUGGUACCUACCCGGAGUCGUUUCGAUACCGGGAACGCUGAGGUUCAUGGGCUUACUUACCACAGUACGGAGCACGUAACUUUACCCGGAAGCUGAAUGUGGAACAGCCUUGGAAGCAGGACAGCGCUGUGGGCUGGUGAACUUGUGGGGGGUGGCCG